CAGUUUGGAAACCACCGCUUAUACAAAUGGGUCUUACCAAGGGGGCAUGCACAUCCUGCCCACUAGUGGUAUAUGUUUGGUCCCUGUGGUGCCCACCUAGGGUGCCCACUAUUCCCACACGCCUUACCCUGCGGGGCCCAUGUGCCAUAUAGAUACAUGCCGUACCUAAUUACAUUACCUAGGGUGCCCACUGUUCCCACACGCCUUACCCUGCGGGGCCCAUGUGCCAUAUAGAUACAUGCCGUACCUAAUUACAUUACCUAGGGUGCCCACUGUUCCCACACUCCUUACCCUGCAGGGCCCAUGUGCAAGAUAGAUACAUGCCGUACCUAUGUACAUUACCUAGGGUGCCCACUAUUCUCACACGCCUUACCCUGCAGGGCCCAUGUGCCAUAUAGAUACAUGCUGUACCUAUGUACAUUACCUAGGGUGCCCACUAUUCUCACACGCCUUACCCUGCAGGGCCCAUGUGCCAUAUAGAUACAUGCCGUACCUAUGUACAUCACCUAGGGUGCCCACUGUUCCCACAUACCUUACUUCGUGUGCUUGCAGGGCCCAUGUUAGCCAUCUUUUGUGCCUAAUGGGACAAAGCAGGCUACCUAGGGUGCAUGCCAUACCAAUGUACAUUACCUGGGGUAUAUAUCUGGCCCAUGUGUCUCACCCAGGCUGCCCAUAUGCAGUACUUGGGGUACAUACUGAGCCCAUGUGUGUGACUAGGGGACAACAUGGCGUCGAGAGGGAAGAGCGAGACCAGUAAACUCCGACAGAACUUAGAGGAGCAAUUGGAUCGUCUGAUGCAGCAGCUCCAGGACUUGGAAGAAUGCAGAGAGGAGCUGGAUGCAGAUGAAUAUGAGGAGACGAAGAAAGAGACGCUGGAGCAGCUAAGUGAAUUCAACGACUCGCUGCAGAAGAUUAUCGCAGGGAACAUGACGCUGGUGGAUGAGCUCGGCGGGAUGCAGCUGGCCAUUCAAGCAGCCAUCAGCCAAGCAUUUAAGACCCCCGAAGUCAUCAGAAUGUUUGCCAAGAAGCAGCCUGGGCAGCUAAGGACACGGUUAGCCGAGAUGGACCGAGACUUAAUGGUGGGCAAAUUGUCCCGAGAUGUUUACACACAGCAGAAAGGAGAAAUCCUCACCGCUUUACGGAAACUGGGAGAGAAGCUGACUGUGGAGGAUGAGGCUUUCCUAUCAGAGAAUGCUGGGGCGGCUCUCAGCCAAUUUCAGAAGGUGUCCGAAGGUUUAGGAUCGGGAGACAAAGUUUUGGCUCUGGCAAGUAUUGAGGUGGAGAACACUAAGAAGUGAGGCGCAGGAUGGAGCGCAGGCGAUUCCUCGCUGUGUUUUACAUUGAACAGACCGGAUCUCCUUGGCGGGGGAAGGGAAUGUACUUGUUCAGUUUUGUAUCGGCAGUUUUCAUACUGUGGGGAUUUUUUAGGAUCCAUCCCGUGGCGUCACCGUCCAUCCGUGUAGCUUUUUUAUUUUAAUCUUUUUACAAUGCGCCGGACCGUUCACUUCCUUUUCCAUGCACUUUUUUUUUCUUGGGUUUCUUUUUUGUAAUGUGACUAAGUGUAGGAUAAUAAAUUAUGAAAACAGUGA